AUGGCCACCCCCGUUUACACCAAGGAUGCCCCUCCGGCUGUUGGCCCCUACUCCCAGGCCAUCAAGACUGCCAGCACCAUCUACUGCUCCGGUCAAGUCCACUUCAACACUCAGGGCGAGCUGAUCACCGACGCUACCAUUGCUGAGAAGACCGCCCUCUGCAUCAAGAACCUCCAGGCCGUCCUCACCGAAGCCGGCUCCUCCAUCGAGAAGGUUGUCAAGACGACCGUCUUCCUCGCUGACAUGUCCAGCUUUGCUGAGAUGAACGGCGAAUAUGAGAAGUGGUUCAAGCACAAGCCCGCCCGAAGCUGCGUUGCCGUCAAGACCUUGCCUAGGAACGCCGAUGUCGAGAUCGAAUGCAUUGCUCUUCCUUAG